AUGAUGAAGAAUGUUGCACUCAUGAUGAGACCACUGUUAAUCACAGUUCUAGUGACAUUCUCCAUCCCUAUUGCAGAUGCGUUUGCACGCCCAGUCGAGACCACAGCUCUGAAACGGCUUGGAAAAAAGAGUUUCAUUGAGAAGCAAGAUAGAGGGACUCUACAAGAAAUCACUUCUCCUGGCGAGCUAAAAGAGAUCGCGUGUUCUUACUCCCAAAGACAACCCGGGUCUAGCAGUUACUUCAAAGGGUGGCAGCACUGGAAAAUGUUGGCCAUUGAAUCCAUUCGAUAUGACCUCUCCAAUAACCUACCAUACCAAUUUGACAAGGCAAAGUUUGAGAAUUUAUUCUUUCGACUUGGCGUAGCUGCAGAUAUGGGGGAAAUGCCGAGCUUUUCGGAUCCAGGAGCUCGUUCGGGAUAUGCACUCGAGUUCUUUUGCCGCGCUCGCAACCUUGCUGAUCUCUACAUUGAUGCACUGAAUCCCUCUUUGGAUAUGCCACAAAAUUGGGUAGAAUCCAUGAAAGAGUCACCAAUGCUCGCAGGGGACAGUCAGGAUACAAGAGCUUACGAAAUGGUCAGUAUCGGUGGUGGCCCAGGGUUCGAUUUUGUAGGCUCAGCAAUGGUGGCAUCUUUUGCGACACAUACUUUUGGAGAGGAAGCCGGGUCAAGAGCAAUCCAAGCAACUGUCUUUGACUACGAGGAAGGUUGGGGAGAUUUGGUCAAAGCCAUGGAUAUCUCCACUAGGCGAGUCUUGCAACAGUCCAAGCUGUCUUGCCGUUGGGGUGGGGGUUGCGACAUUACCAAGUCAUUGGACGAUCCUAGCAAUGCGGGUUGCUUGGAGGCUGUCAAAUCAACGGAUCUGUGGAUAUGCCAAUAUUGUGUUGCCGAAAAUGCUAUUCGAUUGAAAGAGUCCGACUACAUUUUCUUUCGUGAACUUUUUCAACACGCAAAAGAGGGUUCAGUAUUCGUAUUGACCGAGACUCAUCCAAGAGUCUGGCCCGAGUUUUACAAGCUGAUGAAAGCGCAUUGUGCAUUCAUGGAAAUUGGUUUUCGCAAGAAUGGCCGCCAAAUGCUGGUCCGAAAAAGCAUUAACGGUAGACAGAAAACGCCAUUGAUCAGUAACAAAGAUUUGGAACUAGUCAAAAAGUUUGAGAGCAUUGGGAAGUUCCACGAACGCAAACUGAAUUCUGGUUGGGAGAGACAGGAGAAGAAGCACCGACGAUGA